CGAGAUGAAGCAAAAUGGAGGGUGGAAAAGAAUAAAGGUGCAAUGGAAGAGAGGGAGAAAGAGAAGGCGAAAGCGGGCGGGCGAUGGCCGGCAUCGAUCGCCAAUCUGACGGAGAUGGCCUCGAAUCUCGAUUCUCUGAACAAGCUACUCAUCAAGAAAGUCGUAUACGUGGACAACGAAACCUUCGCCAAGGCCUCCCUCAGCUCCGAACAAGCCCGCACGAUCAAGGCUCUUGAGCAAAGAGUGGAGACUUUAGAAAGAGAACUUGAUGCUGCCAUUUCGGCCGCUGCCCGUGCACGUACUGAAAAACGUCAGGCUGAGGCAGCGCAGAAGGCUGCUGAAUUGCGUCAACAAGAAAUUACAAAAGAACUUGAAAACACCACUAAAGUGUUUGAACUUCAUAUGGAAGAAUUGCGUGCAAAGCAGCAAGAGAUUUCUAAACGGGACAAAGAGAUAAAACUUCUCGAGUCUAUAAUCCAGACGCUUGGUGGCAGAGAAUCAAUUUCUGCAGAUGGCUAAAUCCUUUCAUUUAGAAUGGGCAGGCAUGGGAACUUGCUGAACAGGCAUACAAGUGGGAGAUCUUUACAAGAGUCAUCUCAUCAACUGCGAUGAAAGAGCGGUGCAAAACUCUGAUGAAAUGCAGGCAUACACUUGUUUUAUUUGGGUUUAGUAAUGAAGCACUUUGCCAGAUAGGAGAGCACUGUUAUCUUACAGGCAGAAAGUCGUAGUUCAAAACCUGGUUUGGAUGGAAUUUAAUCCCGAAAGUUGUUAUUGAAAAAUGAGAAAAGCCACAAAAUGAAUUUUGCUUACAUUGGAAAUGCAGGUUUGUACUGUUCAAACACAAGACCAGGCAACGGAGAGGUUGGACAUGAUUAUUAUCUUGGUGGGAUUAUUAUCUUUGUGGUCCAUGUGAUGCUUUGGUUGAUGUAUGUUUCCCGAUUUUGACUCCAAUUUUUGUUAGGUCCUCAAUUUUUAUUCA